GCCUGCUCAGAAGAAGUGAAAUCAGGCCCGCUUUGUGAAGCCUCAAGCAACGUGCUGGAGUGCUCUUGGCGUGCUUGGAAGAGAAGAGCUAGACCUCAGGGCAAAUCGCAAGAAUGCUGUCCCCGCGCCUGGCCUCCGUAAGCCGACAGCUGUGCGGGGGCGGAUUUCAGAGGUAUUCAGAGCGUUGGGGACCAACGAAGACUGUGUCUCUUGAGGCAGUCUUGAUUCAGCAGCGGCACCCGUUUGUGGAAAGGGAGGUAACCCGGAUGUUAAGCAGGGGGUUUGCAUGGCCAGCUAGUAACCCAGGAUGUUUAACCCAGGUGCCACCGCAGGGGGUGUUGUGCUCGCAUGCGUCAGCAAGCAUUGCGCCCUCAGAAGGCCAUCGUCACUUCCAUUCUGCAGCUGACCACUCCAAAAGGCACUCUUUCGUCAGUUUCAUUGAUUGCCAACUCCUGCAAAGAAGCAGAACACAUCAUGUGUAUUCGCUUCAGUCACAUUUGCAAUCAACGACACCGCCUACGUCAUUUCCUCCAUAUGGCAGCACAAUUAGGGCCCCCAUUCCACUCGAUUCCUGUCAACCACCCAUGUAUAACCCUUCCAUAAACACUUCCUUUCAGAAUUCAGCAACACCAUUUCUGACCUCAGUCACUAGAUCCUACGCUACUGGAAAUGCCGAGCUGGAAAUGCAUGACGCCUCUGUCUCAGUCCGAACUCCUCACGGUGCCGGAACCGAGGGUUUAGCCGGAACCGAUGGUUUGGCCUUUCAAACCCUGAAACGAGUAGACACUGAUCAAGCUGCAAGUCAGUCUUCCGCCAACCCUUCAGCAGUGAAGGACGUUCUGUGGGGGAAAAACCAGCAGGCAUUUACCCCCUCUGCGCCCCCCCCAACUGACGAAGAGAUCCAGGCGUUGCAUGAUUUCAUAGUAGAGAGCGAAAAGUUGUUGAUAGUAACGGGAGCGGGGGUGAGUACUGAGAGCGGGAUCCCGGAUUAUCGGAGCCCGACGGGCGCUUAUAGCACGGGGUUCAAGCCCAUGACGCACCAGGAAUUCGUCCGUUCCGCCGCGAGCCGUCAACGCUACUGGGCCCGGAGCUACUUCGGGUGGCGCCGUUUCUUUGGGACUCAGCCCAACGAGACGCACCGCGCGCUGGCGACGCUGGAGGAACGGGGGCGGGUGCGUGGGGGUAUGAUAACGCAAAAUGUUGACAGAUUACAUCAUGCGUGUGGCAGCAGUCCCUUGGAGCUCCACGGGACGACCCAUCACGUCGUCUGCAUGAACUGCCAGGACCUUACCGACCGACAAAUGUUCCAAGAAAAGCUCGCAGCAACGAACCCUCAGUGGAUCGACUCUAUCGAAGCGGCGGAGCGAGGAGAGGACGUGUUGGCCGGGACCCCCGGACUGCAACGGCCGGACGGGGAUGUUGAGAUUGGGGAGGAGUUUCUUCGAAAGGGGCUGUUUAAGGUCCCUGUUUGCGAGAAUUGCGGCGCCGACACCCUGAAGCCUGACGUCGUUUUCUUUGGCGACAACGUUCCCAAGUGGCGCGUCGACUGCGCGAUGGGCAUGGUUCAGGACUCGGACGCUAUGCUCGUGGUGGGCUCAUCGCUUAUGGUACUGUCCGCAUAUCGGCUUGCUAGAGCGGCUGCUGAUGCGAGUACCCCAAUCGCGAUCCUGAACGUCGGCCCAACACGUGCGGACGAUCUGGCGACGCUUCGAGUCGGGGCACGGUCAGGAGAGGUGUUGCCACGGCUUCUCAACUGCGGUUCGUUGACGAUUCCAACGUAGCGGCAGCCUCUAUGUAAGACUCUCGUGCAAUGACAGCCUGCGUGUUUAUCAGGUCCUGGCUAUUCGCCGGUUCCAUGCUACAGCUAUUUGAUCUAGUCCAACUCAAUAAGAACGCGACCCCGAUCCAUAGGAUCUCCGAUUUCCAGUGGGACUAAAGGCGGAGCGGUCUUUGUGUACAAUAACUGACAUUUCAGGAGUAUUGCACGCAAACUGUCCGUAUAAUUGAUAGGUACUUUGUCGUGACGCGGCCGUCCGAACCCGGCCGCCAGUACGUGCGCUUCUGACAACAAGCACUUCACAUAUAUAGGGCUAGGAUCGAGAUUCCACUAUAGCUGAAGCCUGGGCCGAUGAUCGAUUCCUGUCACAAUCUGUUCAAUUCGAUCAAUCUCUUCAAUUCAAUCUCUUCAAUUGCGUACUGUCGGAAGCGGACCUCGACCG